AUGUCCGACUAUGUUCACCGGGCUGCUGCAGAGUCGUAUAGUGUAGAUUAUGGGCAGACCUGGCCGAGCUCUCCGCUGGGCAGCUAUCCAGCCGUCGAGUACUAUUCAGAGCUGUAUGCUCCUCAGCUUGUUGGACAUUAUCCGCUGGCCACUCAACUUGAUUCCGGACGUGGCCCAUCAGAACGCGUGUAUAUUCCUCAGAGUACACACCAUCUUGACCAAUGGCCCUCAACGGUGCCAGCAGCAUCCAGUCUUGCAAAUCCUCCAAGUCCGCUGCAUCCCUCGCCCGCCCUCACCCUCGUCAACCCUUCGUUCACUCCUCCGAUCCAGAGUCCAUCAUCGGAUGCCGCUAUUAGCGCCCAGCCGCCAUCACCAACAGCCACGGCCGCGAGCAACGGCAACGGCAACGUUGACCAAGACCAGAUUGUCUAUGCUGGCUCAGGAGCUUGGAAAUGCGCUAUUUGUAACAAAAAAUUACGGAGAAAGCAGCGGGCGUUGAUUCAUUUCAUGAACAAGCAUGGAAACGUUCGCCUCGCCUGCAAUGGCAUGUGCGGCAAGGGCCAUUGUGCAAGAUCCUUUGCGACCCGCGAGUCGCUCGACGUCCAUCUCAACCCAAUGAUGACAGAAUGCCAAUCCUGUGGAAAGACGCUCUUGAAGAAGAAUAUCCUCCGACACCAAAACCAGCAUUGUCACGCGCUUGCUACAAAGUAA